CUUGCUGCUCAAAGUCUCUCUCUCUCUCAAAAACCCACAAAUUGAGUUCAGAAGUCACUCAGCACCAUGGAUCUUCAUACCACCUGAUAUUCAAGGCAUCUAGGGUAAACCCAUUUCACCAAAUUGUCUCAAACUUUCAAAAUACCCACAAAGUCUUCACCGGUAGCAGCAAAACAUCGAACUCAACCCUAAUUUCAACUGCAGCAACCAUUAAUUCUUCCCUAUUCUUCAUCAUGAACUCUGAGUCACCCAUCAAUAUCCUUUAAUUCUUCAAUUUCACCAGAAAUUUCAAAACCCUUGUUUAAUUUCUCCAUUAUCAUUAUCACCCAAAUCUUAAUUCAGUCCCGAUUAAGAACAAAAACCCUAGCCUUUUCAUAAUUUAGACUCGAUUCUUCUUCUUCAUUCAGAGGUAUGGAAGAGGAGGUUGUGAAUUUGCUUAUGGCACCACUCACAUUACAUCUAGAUCAGGGAUCUCUCAGAGAUGGUGUUUUUUAUGAGUAUCCAGGAUUAUUAGGAUUAACUAAAGUUGUUGGAUGGGAUGUUCCUGAUGAAUUAGUUGAUAAAUAUAUUCCUCUAGAAUUUUUAGAAGGUGCUGAAUAUAAUCAUAUUCCCAACUACAUUGGGAAGGUAAAAUAUAGUAACAAAUGGUAUCACCUUUUUCAUGGCUAUCACCAUCUUCUAAAUAACUUACCAGAGAAAUUCAAGAAUUGGGUGCUGUAUGAGUAUAAUUUGGAAGGUGGUUUCUAUCCUUACCAAAUAGAUGACUUGAUGAAACUCAUUAUAAGAUCAGGUGCAGAAGCUUUGGAAGAGGUGAGGGAGAGAGAAUAUCUUCAGUGA